AUGCUAGCCUCACGCGCCCUCCACUUCCGGACCUCCCUCUCCACCCUCUCCGCCGCCAGCACCUCCAGGAGUCGCCACGUCCUGAAAUCAAUCUACGCUGCCGAGCGCGAAGAAGGGAUGGGCGCAACCGUCCGCAGAUCCCUCGGCACAAUCCAACAACACCACGACGACCCCUUCCUCCUCCUCGACGAGUUCUGGGUCGGUUCUCAAGGCGGUUUCCCGGACCACCCUCAUCGUGGGUUCGAGACCGUGACUUAUCUGUUUCGGGGUCAGAUGCAGCAUGAGGAUUUUGCGGGGCAUAAGGGAACCAUUGGACCAGGGGACUUGCAAUGGAUGACUGCGGGGCGCGGGGUUGUUCAUUGUGAGAUGCCUGGCUCUGCUGUUGCUGCUACCGCUGCCAAGGGGAAGAUUGAUCACCAAGCAGGAGCAGGAGCAGGAGUGAGUACAAGCAAAGACAAGUCGAGUCUGAGACCGAGCCAGGACCCAGAGGCAACACACGGUCUUCAGCUGUGGGUCAACCUCUCCCAAAAGGACAAACGUUGCGACCCAGCCUACCAAGACCUUCGCGACGACCAGAUCCCACGUGCAAAACCACAGAACGGAGUCGAGGUGAAAGUCAUUGCAGGGGAGGCUCAUGGGGUCAAGAGUGAAGUCUAUACCCGGACGCCGACCAUGUACCUCGACUACCGGAUGAGGAAGAACCAGACUGUCGAGCAGGCUGUUCCCAAGGAUUAUUCGGGAUUCGUCUACAUGCUCUCCGGGAAGGCUUAUUUCGGCGGCGAUAAAGGAUUGACCAGGACAAUUGACAACAACAACGGCGAAGAAAACAAGAAAGCGGUCGAUCUGCUCAGGAACCAUGCAGUCGUCAACAGCACACCGGACCAACCCUUCAAGGGUCAAGCCCACCAAGCCCUGAUCCUCUCACGCGACGACGGGACGGACCACCUCCGAAUCGAGACCACCGACGAAGAAGCCCAUUUCGUGAUCCUCCUUGGAGAACCGCUCAAGGAACCCAUUGUGAUGGACAGGCUAUUUAUCAUGAACACCAAGGAGGAGACCCAGCAGGCGUUGCAGGAUUUCCGAGAGGCCAAGAAUGGGUUUGAGAGGGCCAAAGAGUGGCGGUCAACCAUCGCACCCAAGGGCUAUCGUUUGAAGUUUUGA